AUGCAGCGUGCAAUCGACAGGCAUACGACCAGCAGCGACGAGACGAGCGCCCGGAUGCUUGCGAUGCAGCGCAACAUCUUUCAGACCUUUCAGAUCAAAGAUUUACAGGUCAGCGCACCGGGGUGCGUUGUCGAGCCCACGGUCAAGAUCGCAACAUUUGAUGCGACAGUAGUGUGCACCGCGAGUGGUUUGAUGCUUACGAUCGAGGUCAUCGCAGAAACCUUCUCGCCGUUCCCGUCGUCCAAGCUCUUGAUGCUCUACCGGUCGCUCGAGCUACGCGAGCUGUCCUGGGUCACCCGACGAAUAACCCACUACGACUAG